AUGGCGGAGACUACUGCCGCAUCUACCAAGCCCGUCCACACAAUCGUGUUGGACGCUGGCCCCAUUCUCAAGAAUACCCCGCCGCUUUCUACCCUACUUGCCCAGUGCGAGGAAAUUAUCACCACCCCCUCCGUGGUGGCCGAAAUCCGCGAUCCCGAUGCCCGCCUCCGUGUCGAAACCCUCUAUCUGCCUUUCCUGAAGCAGCGAUCACCCACACCCAAGAGUUUCAAUAUUAUCAGCGAAUUUGCUCGCAAGACCGGUGACCGAUCUGUGCUCAGUAGGACCGAUAUCGAGGUUCUUGCGCUUGCUUAUGAGAUCGAGUGCGAGAAAAACGACGGAGAUUGGCGGUUAAGAAGUGUUCCUGGCCAAAAGCGCAUCAAUGGAAGACCCCCCGUGAAGGAGGAAUCCGUGGAGACCAAGCCCGAGGAUGCGGACGUGGAAGCCAUUACAGAGGGUGUCAAGGAGACCACAGUUACCGAAGCCCAGGAGGAGUCUCCAAAAGAGGAAGAGGCUGUCGUGAACAACGAGACCGAGGAAGUCGCUGAGGUCGCUGCUGCGGUUGCCGAAGAAGAAGAUGAAGAUGAAGACCUGAAUGAGGAUGAUGAGGCUGAUUCUGACGGUGGAGAGUGGAUCACGCCCACGAACUAUAAGAAGCGUCUCGCCGAAGAUGAGUCGGGCUCCGCGGAUCCUAACGCCGCAGUGAAGACCAUGCAGGUUGCGACUAUGACCACUGAUUUCGCGUGUCAAAACGUUCUCCUGCAAAUGAAUCUUAACCUUUUGUCCACUACUACCCUCCAGAGAGUCCAGCAUCUCAAGACCUUCAUCAAGCGUUGCCACGCUUGCUUCUUGACCACAAAGGAGAUGAACAAGCAGUUCUGUCCUCGUUGUGGAAAGGAUACUCUCACUCGUGUUUCAUGCACGACUACCGCCAAUGGCGCGUUCACCAUGCACUUGAAGAAGAACAUGCAAUGGAACAAGCGCGGCAACGUAUACAGCGUUCCCAAGCCUAUCGCAGGAAGUGCCAACGGCAAGUGGAAGGGCGGCGGUGGCCAGCGAGGAUGGGGUACUGAGCUUGUCCUUGCUGAAGAUCAGAAGGAAUAUGUCCGCGCCAACGUGGAAGAGGAGCGCCGGCAGCGCCGCGAGCGCGAUCUUAUGGACCAGGACUACCUGCCUGGUAUCUUGACUGGCGAGCGCAACCGGGCUGGCGGCCGUACCAAGGUCGGCGCUGGUCGCAAUGUCAACUCGAGGAAGCGCUAA